UUAGUCAACAAAACUGACCGCACGCACACGACACGCAGCUUCUCUGAUGGCAGCGGUCUGCAAACAGCAGGACAUCAGCGGGUAACAGCGGUCAUUAGGGAGCAUCAUCUGAGCACAAUGGCCUCCCUGGAAGAGGAGCUGACCUGCUCCGUGUGUCGAGACAGCUUCAGCCAGGCCCACCCGCUGCCCUGCGGCCACAGCUUCUGCCCAGCGUGCGUCCGGGAGGCCUGGAGCGACCACGGCGAAGGGAAAGGUCGCUUCAGCUGUCCGCAGUGCCAGGAGGAGCACGGCCAAGUGCCGUGCGACUGCUGCCCUCCUGUGGCAGACGACGGCCAGCCGUCGGCGGCCGUCAAGACCUGCCUGAGGUGUGAGGUGUCCCUGUGUGCCAGCCACCUCCGGCCUCACCUGGAGAGACCUGCGUUUAGCAACCACCUGCUGGUGGAUCCGCUGGGGGACAUCUCCCAGCGCAGGUGUCCCGCUCACCUGGAGGUUUUCCGCUACUACUGCGUGGAGGAGCGGGUGUACCUGUGUGGGGACUGCCUGCUGGAGGGAGGCCACGCUCAGCACAAGGUGAAGGCGCUGAGGCAGGUGGAGGAGGAUCUGAAGGUGAUUCUCCAGACGCUGCUCGUCAAGGCAGAGAAGAAACUGAAGGACGGAGAGCAAAUUCUCAAAGAGCAUGAGAACAUUGACACCACCAUGGCCAACUCUCUGACGCAGGACGACGGCCGGGUGGAGCGGUUGGACUCGGACCUGCAGCUCCAGGUGAAGAAGCUGGUGGUGGCCCUGAGGGAGAUCACCAAGAGGGAGAGACAGCAGAUCAUAGAGCACGUUCACCAGGACUGCGGGAGAGUGAGGGAUGACAUGAGCCAGGCGGUGAACAUCCAGCAGUACCUGACCCUGCUGCUGGCAGAGACGGACCCUUUCCUGCUCAUCUGGGCCUUUCAAUCAGAUGACACAAGAUUGUUAGCGGACCUCAACUGCCCACUUUUCAUCCCUGACCCCAUUAGUAUGGACCGCAAGCACAUCCUGGAAGACAUCGAGGGCAAAUAUCGAGAGUUCAUCACCGCCACCCUCCGCUGCCUCACUGACCUCAAGAGGGAACUCUUGACCAGUCCUCUGACUCUGGACACCAGCACGGCUCAUCCUCUGCUGAGCAUCUCUGAUGACCUGCGCUCAGUCACACGUGUUAAAGGCCGUCUGCCCUGCGCCACCCACCCCGAGCGCUUCGACCACUGGCCCCAGGUCCUGACGGCGCAGACCUUCUCCUCCGGGACUCACUACUGGGAGCUGGAGGCUGAGGGAUUCUGGGAUGUUGCUGUCUGCUAUCGAAGCAUCGGCCGGAAGGGAAAAGAGGGCAAUGCCUUCGGGAAUAACAAGGUGUCGUGGAGCUUGACGCAACAACACGACAAAAAGCUGGCGGCCUGGCACAACCGCAGGAAGACCCGCCUCACGCACCAGAUGGCUGGCAACCGAGUGGCAGUCGCUGUGGAUUACAGCGCUGGAACCAUCACCUUCUCGGAGGUGCGACCGUCCAACAACCUGAAUCACCUCCACACUUUCUCCACCAGCUUCACCCGGCCCGUGUGCUUGGGCUUUGGACUCUACAAAGCUGAGCUCAACAGUCGGAUCUCCAUCGUAAAAGUCUGAGGAAACAGGC